AUGGCGCCUGCUGCUACUAAGGAGGAGCUUGAGGAAUGCCACGCGCGCGAAGAGGCAGAGCUUGAGGCCAAGGGACGUGCUCAUGUGGACGCAGUUCCAGCAGGCAAAGGAAAGUUGGCGAAGAUCGAAGCGGCUCAGCGCGAGGUCGACCAGUGGAUCUUUGAGAUGAGAGAGCGCCACUCGGAAGAGCUUGACCAGUUUCUUGCGCCGUCUGAAGGUGCUGGUGGCGAUGAAGUGCCGGAGGUCGCAGUGUCGGCCAAGGAGAAAAAGGCCGCCGCUGCUGCCGCUGCAGCCGCAGCGGCCGCAGAUGAGGCAGAACGCGCCCGGCUGAAAAAGGAGAAAUCUCGUUUGAAAAAAGAGGCCAUCAAGCAGAAGGAGCGGGAGCACGAGGCAGAGUUGGAGAAGGAGAGGCGAUUGAACCCUCCUGUCCCCGAGCCACCGGCUGCCACCAGUGGCAAGGGCUACGGCAAGGAAGGCGGUGGAGGUGGGGGCGGGAUGUGCCGUCAGUUCCAAGCAGGCAACUGCAACUAUGGCGACAACUGCCGCUUCACUCACACCAAAUGA